AUGCCAUGUGCUAGCGCGGUGAGGCAGUGGGAGAUCAGGCCCACGUCUGCUCUGCGGGGGAUCAGACGCAACCGGGCCCUGAUGUGGGAGCGGAUCCGGGGCCUGGCCCGGGCCUGCCGGCACGGUGUGGGGUACCGGGUGAACUACAGCGACCCCAACCGAGAGGAGCAGGAGAUGGUGUGCCUUGAGCCCAUGGGAUCAGAGCGGAUGGAGAUGCGAAAGAGGCAGAUGUCGGUGCAGCAGGAGUCGGCAGCGGGGGGAACUGCACCGGCUCAGCAGGGCCAGCCGGGCCAGGCCAAUCCACGGGCCUCAAAUGCUUGUUGCUUCUGCUGGUGCUGCUGCUGUAGCUGCUCCUGGAAUGAAGACCGGGAUGAAAGGAACCGCAAAGCAUCUUAUGACGCCAAGGAAGGGACCUCAGACUGUGAAGACUGCCCUAUGCCAACGUUGGAAGAGGUGCGCUGCUGGGGCCAGUCGUUUGACAAGCUGAUGUGUUGCCCAGCGGGGAGGAACUCCUUCAGACAGUUCCUCCGCACCGAGUUCAGCGAGGAGAACAUGCUCUUCUGGUUGGCCUGCGAGGAGUUCAGCAAGGAGGCCAACAAGAGCACGGUGGAGGAGAAAGCUCGGGUCAUCUACGAGGACUACAUCUCGAUUCUCUCACCUAAAGAGGUGAGCCUCGACUCCCGUGUGCGCGAGUCCAUCAACAGGAACAUGCAGGAGCCCAACAUGCAGACGUUCGACGACGCCCAGCUGCAGAUCUACACACUAAUGCAAAGAGACUCGUACCCGCGCUACAUGAACUCCUCGGCCUACAAAAACCUGCUCAACACUCUGUCAGAGCAGUCCCCUGAAUCAUAG